AUGGUCCAAAUGUCCUCAUGGGUUAGUAUUUGGGAUCAAGCUACUAACUAUAUCAAAUAUCAUGAUAUUGGUAUAAAUCUUCAUGAAAGAUUAUACAAAUUUCUGGUCGAUUUUGCCAAGCUACAAAAGGAAGCAUUUAUUGCACAAAAGCGAUUAUGUGAAAAACAUUUGUCUGAUGCACAGAAAUAUUUUGGUGUUUCUAAUAGCUAUGUUUCAUUUUUUAAUGAACUUGUUCAAAUUGUUCAGCAUAUCGUAGAUGCUGAAAACUUAAUUUCAUGCUCCUUCGAAAUACACGCUGGUAGCGAAGGUAAAUCGAUUAUUGAAGAUGAAAGAAGACAAUUGAAAAGAUGGAAAAAUGAAAGAUCAAAAUUAUCAAAUGAACUAAAAUCUCAAACACGUAUUAUCGAUGAUGAAAUUAAACGAUAUCGAGAUAAAUAUCGUGAUAUGAUCAAGGCUAAAGAAGACUAUGAACGCAUCAACGCUGAUCAGAGUCAUUCACAAUUUGAUGUCGAAAAGGCUUUAAAUUAUGCACGAUUGAAAGAGAUUGAUUUUGAGAGAGCACGAAAAGAUUAUUCUGCUGCUUUGAACCAAUUUAAUUUAUACCGUCAAGAUUAUUACUUUCGUUGUUUACCAUCAUGGGCACAAGUUGGCAAAAGUUUAGAAGUUGAAAGAUAUGCACGUACCCAAUCUUUAAUCAAUAUAUUAUAUGAACGGUUACGAGUGGCAAUUGAUCGUAUGAACAAUGUAUGCGAUGAAUUCAAAUCAGUGUGUACACAUCUUAAUUCAGAUCAAGAUUCUAAAGAAAUUAUAGAAUAUUUACAAAGUAAUAAUCCACCGCCUGGGGAUAUUGCUUUUGUGGAUCUAUAUUCAUCUGCAGUGAAUAAUAGUACUAUACCAUCAACCGUUAAACAGUCAACAUAUGCAAAACCACAAAGAACUAAUUCAAGUGAACCAAUUUAUUCAUCGGGUAGUGUUGUUCUUCCAUCGAAUUUUCACUGUUCCGUAUGGGCAGCAGAUAAUGCAGCAUUGGAAUCGAGUAAACAAUGUGGUGGUAACAAUAAUAAUGAUAAUAAUAAUUAUGUACCAUCAUCUUCCACUUCCAUUGGAGACUCAAUCUAUGGUGAAUCCGCUUCCAUAUACUCUGCAUCUUAUGCUUCAACAACAUCAACUAAUGGUUUACACAAUGGUGGAGUCGGUGUUGGUAGUAACUGUAGCCGUCGUCCAAGUGUUAGUGAUAAUUAUAGUGCGUCAAAUCUACGCAAUCCUUCUAUGCCUAUAAAUGGUGCAGGGUUUUUGCGGAGAAUUUUUUCACGACGUAGUAGGAGCGUUGUGAAUUUAAAAACAGUAGCGGAUUUAUGCGAACCAGCUCGAACCAAACAUCAGAAAGCAUAUAAUCAAGUCACGUGUCUGUUUGACUCGAAAAGGAGAACAACUCAUAAUUCUAGAAUUACUGGUAGUAUUAAUAGGUUAAGGGACAAUGCUAUUACAGAUCCUAGUGAUUUCUCUGACUCGAAUUCUGAAUUAGGAAAUAAUGGUCAUGGAAAUGACAAAAUAACUAUCAACAAUAACACUUAUAUACGACAAUUUAGAAUUCAUCCAACCACUGACAGUGAUAAUGUAGCCUAUGCAUCAACAUCUGUCCUAAAUGGAGUACCUCAGUCUGUGGCAUCGUCAUGUCAAUCUCCUGAUGCUCCCAGCUGUGGUGCGGUUGCUGCUGUUCUUCCUGUUACGACGAUAACAACAACAACAACAACUCAUACUCCUUCACCAUCUCUUCAUUCUCGUUCUGACUCUCAAGCGAAAGGCUUAUCGUCUGUUCAUGAAAGGUCUUCCAUCCCUCUUUAUUAUCUUACUACAUCAGGAAAGUCAAUGGAAAAUGGUGGUUCAUCUAAACAAUUAUUAAAACAGGAUAAAUUAUUUACUGCUCCUUUAGCUGAACCAGAAACUGGUUCUAUUGUAACUCCAGUUGAAUCAUUUUCACAGUCAGCGUUAACCUCAUCACGCAGUCAACUACCUGAACCAUUGAAUGGUCAAAUGCCUACUUUAAAACAAAAUUCAUUCACUAAUAGAUCUACAAUUAAUAAUAAUGAUGAUUAUAGUAAAUGUUCAACAAUAAAUGGAGAUUCUCACCAUAUUAAUUUAAAGUCUAAUCACAAUAGUAACACAAUCUAUUCUCAAAUGAAUUCAUCUUAUAAUCAUUUCGAAUUAAAAAACUCUGAUCAAGUUUUAUAUGAUCAUAAUAAAAAUCUCUUAAAAAAACAUGAACAGCAAGGACUUUGGUACUCACAACUACAAAAGUGUCAACAACAGGACCAGUCAUUACGUCAUCACCUUAAACACGAACAACAAGUAACUGAAGGCAUAGUCGAUAAUAUUGAUUCCACUUGUUCAAUAUCCUCUAGUUCUUAUCACAAACAAGAUGAUGAUGAUAAUAAUAAUAAUAGACAGUCAAAAGAAUCACAGAUCGUUGCUAUUGGUGAUUGCAAUGCCUUGUAUCCAUUUACAGGCGAUGGUUUUGAAUCGUGUUACUUAGCAUUUGAGGCUGAUGAGCAAUUUUAUAUUUUGGCAACUGAUCCAACGGAAGAUACUACUGAUUGGCUUCAUGUAUGUCGUAAACAGCGGAUACAUGAAAUUGGUUAUGUUCCUACAGCAUAUGUUCAAAAAAAUCUUUAUUUUCAACCAGUUUUAUUGCCGAAAUCAGAAUAUGUACAACUGCAAGAUUCGGAUUCAUCAUCGACUACCACCAGAACAGCUACUUCUACUACACCGACGUUGAAAAAAUCUGUGAAUACAACACAAACAUCUGCGAGAAGUCCAGUGAAUAGUGUCCACAGUAAUAAAAGUAAUUAUCCUGGUAUGUUGAUGAUGAACAGAAAUUUCAGAGGUACUUCUCCUUAUGUUCGUUUAAGUGGAGUUUCACGAGAUACUGACUUAUGAUGAAAUAAAGAAACUUGAUGAAUUCAUUUUUCCCUUGUUUAUGCCUUAUUAUUAUUACCAUGUUAAUUUUUUUAUACAUAGCGA